AUGGCAAGCAGCAUUCCCGCAGGGCUAAGAACGGCCGACAUUGGGCGCUUCGCCCUACGUGCAGCGCAAAUAGAAAAAGCGAAACCGGUGGUGGCCUACUGGUGCAAUUUCCAUAUCGUGAACCAGAUAAUCGAGAGAGGGCUUCACAGCUCGGAUGACGAGAUCAAGCUCUACACGACUAACCUGGUUGAUAGGCUGGAGCAGUUCAAAACCGAGAACCCCGACAACGAGACAGUAACGGAUAACGUCGCGGCAAGUGCCUAUGUUGAGCAAUUUGGACUGGAGGUGUUCGGUCGCGCCGAGGCGGCUAUGACAGCCAACAAGGUCACUAAGCAAACAGCAGACACCUUCCAAGCAGCAGCUACAUUUCUCGAGCUAUGUCAGAUCUGGGGCGACAUCGACCCCGAGAUUGCUGGAAGGAUCAAGUUCGCCAAAUACCAUGCUGUUCGAAUUGUGAAGGCAAUCAAAGCCGGAGAGGAUCCUAAUGCGACGAAUCCCGCACCAAAGGAGGAAGAGGAAGCCCAGGUCGCCGAUCCAGAUAUCCAAGCGUUCGAUGAAUCCGUGGCGGAGCAAGCAUCCAAGCCAAGACAGGCGUCCGUCGAGGAGAUUCAAGACGAAGCCGAUCGCAUAGGCCGACAGAUGGCCCGUCAGUCAUCUCUCGACGAGUCUCUUCACCCGUCUCGCGCAUCUUCACUUCCAAGACCGCCUGCUUCCUCGACCCCGGAGAUUCCCUCUGUUCCGCAGAAUGCGCCUGGUUCUCCUGGACGAAUGGAUAUUGAUGACCAGCAUUCGGGUGGCCUGGAGCUGCCUUCGACACCGAGCACCAUUGGAGGGUCGAGCGGAGUCCCCAAUCUACCAGAUACGCCUGGAUUCCACGCACCUCACACCUCAAAGCCUUCCAAUAGCUUCCAGUCCUUCCCACCGCCGGCCGCGAGUCCGUCAGUGCCAGCGUCGAACCCAGCUUCAUUCUACGAUCCAACUAGUGCCAGUGCCUACAUCCCACCUCCCGCAGCUUCACCUGCCCGUGCUCCUAUUGCUCCUCCACCUGCUGCACCGAGCCAGCCCUCGCAUGGCGUGGAUGAUAACUCUAUCACUCUGGCGCAAAAACAUGCUCGGUGGGCGGUAUCAGCCCUGACCUUUGACGAUGUUGAUACAGCUAUUAAGGAGCUGAAAAACUCUCUGAGAUACCUCGGCGCAGAGUGA